AUGGAUUUACAACUAAUUGGAGGCAGUGGAGGUGUUGGUGGUGGACAAACUGAUUAUAUUGCAAAUCCAUCAAUUAAUUCAACUAACAGCUUCCAUACCGCCGGUGCUAUACCUACAACAACGUUAUCUUCAGCAACAAUAGAUUCGACAACAACGAAAUCUCAUGUCCCAGUAUCAAUAACACAAUCUAGUACUUCGUUAGCCACAGCUGAGGAUAAAAAAACUCCAGUUGUUAUCACCUUGGGCGAUGAUCUUGAAUUGUCUGGACCAACAGAAACAGGCAAAACUCCAGUUGUAAAAACACCCACUACUGAAGGAGGAGGACCUUCAAAUAUUCCACCCACCAAAACAACACCGACACAAACAAGUGCUCUCACUCCAGCAACACCUCCAACUUCUAUACCUCAACAGACAACUACUGCAACAACACAAACCCAAAAUGAUGGAAAUUAUUGGGCAAAAGGCACAGGUUUUGGUAGUGGAACUACUCAACAGCAAUGGAGUCUUAGUCAGCAUGUUGCAAAAAGAAGGCAAGAUGAAAAUAAUGUUGCAGCAUUGUUACAUAUUCUUAUCGCCUUUAUUAGUCCUCAAUCACAACGAUUACAAGAAAAUCAAUCAACAUUUUCAAAUAAAAAGGAAGAAGAGAAACAAGAAACAACAAAUUCUGGAGAUGGAAUAGAAUUAGUUUUGCCAAUAGAGGAAUUAACAACUUCAAAGGAAGAUGAAAAGACAAAUAAAAGGACUGAUAAGAAUGAAGAGGAGAAGAGAAAAGAAUUGGACAUUCCGAGUAUUAAGCUUUCUGAAGAGUUUGUUGAACUUCUUUUCCGCUCCUGUCUCUUUUCUACGCUCAAUUCUUAUUUGAUGAAUGAUUCUGUUUUGGACAUUUCAAAACGUGUACACGCCUUUGAGUCAGUUAUUUUGUUGGUUGAUACAAUCGCUAAUGCUUUGCCAAUCCCAAUCAAUAAUUUAUCAAAAUUCCCAAAUGCUGCCAUUUUUGAUCAACAAGGAAAUCAGGAUAUUUUUGAUAUUAUUUUUUUGAGUGGUGAAAAACAAAUCCAAAAACAAAUUGGCCAUAAAAAGAAAUUACAACAAAUAACUGUUGCUGAAUCUGAAUUGCUUGAUCGUUUAAAUAAAUUGGGUAAAAAUAUUGAAAUUUAUUUGAGUAAACUACAAACUGGACAUCGUACAACAAAUACAGCAACAGGGGAAAGUCUUUGGCAACGAAAUGCCAAAAGAAAAGCUUUACGAAAAACAACAGCUAUAAAUUCUUCAAAAAGUCAGGCUGAUUUGGAAGAAGAGGAAGAACUUGGAAAACUUUUAGAUUUGGUUCACAGUGUUUGUUCUGCUAUUAAUAAAAAGAAACGAAUUCAUUCUUGUAUCGAAAUGGACUUUGAUGAAGUCGAAGAUGAACAAAAUAAUGAGGAAGUAAUGAUUAGCGAUCAAAAUGUUGCUUCUUCCUCGAAUGCUUUGCCUAAAGUGUCUGAUACUGUUGAACGUUUCUAUUGCGAUAAACUUAGAGGAUUGCAAUUUGAAACAAUUCCCUUCUACGAACCUAUGGGUAACAACAACACAACUCCAGUUAUGUGUAUUCCUUUCCAUUAUGCAACAUCUUUAAAUUCAAUGGCUAGUGCUGGAGGUUCAGCUUUAGGCAAAAGAACUCGUCGAUUAGCACAAGAAAUUGUUUCUUUGAGCAGUUCAUUGCCACUUUCUUUCAGUAGCGGUGUUUUUGUUCGAACUUGUGAAGAAAGAUUGGAUGCUAUGAAGGUUUUAAUAACGGGUCCAUCAGAUACUCCUUAUGCAAAUGGAUGUUUUGAAUUUGAUGUUUUCUUCCCUCCAGAUUAUCCAAAUGUUCCAAUGCAAAUGAAUUUGGAGACAACAGGGAAUCGGACAGUUCGAUUUAAUCCAAAUCUUUACGAUGAUGGAAAAGUUUGUCUAUCAAUUUUGAAUACUUGGCGUGGUCGGCCAGAAGAACGUUGGAAUGCUGACACUUCCUCUCUUUUGCAAGUACUUGUCUCCAUUCAAUCUUUAAUUCUUGUUAAUGAACCGUAUUUCAAUGAACCUGGUUAUGAAAGAUGGCGAAAUUCCCCUGCUGGCCAACAGGCAUCGCGGGAAUAUGAUGCUAAUAUUAUGCAAAUGUGUGUUAGAUGGGCAAUGGUUGAACAAAUUCGGAAUCCUCCAAAAGCCUUUGCAGAAAUUGUCAAAUCUCAUUUUUGGAUGAAACGAGAUGAAAUUUGUGUUCAAGUGGAAGCUUGGAUUGAAGAUAUUCAACAUUAUAUAACAACACAUGCAAGUAGUGGAAAAGUUUUGCCUAAUUAUUUGGCUGGACUUAAAAAACAUUAUGAAACUUUAAAAAUGGAAUUUAAUAAAAUGACAGCUCCUCCAGGUUUGGAAAAUUGUAAAUCGAAACGAUUUGAUAUUGAGAAUGAGGGAGGGGAGCUUAAAUAA